AGUCCUGACCUUCUUUGUGUCCUUCGAUUAUCUACGCGGCUAAUCAAGUUGUCCUGCUCAGUCAGUAUGACUUUGGAUACUGAAGAAAACGAUUCUGUAAAAAAGAAGACACCUGGACAAACGAAAAUAAAAAAAGUAGUGGUUCAUCCACUUGUACUGCUUGGGGUUGUAGAUCACUAUAGUCGAUCCGGAAAGGUCACCAGUGGUCAGAAAAGAGUUGUAGGUGUUCUUUUGGGUUCACUAAACGGAAACAUUCUGGAUGUCAGCAAUAGCUUCGCAGUUCCUUUCGAGGAAGAUGCCGUUGAUCCAGAUGUUUGGUUUCUCGACCACGAUUAUUUGGAAAGCAUGUUUGCUAUGUUUAAGAAAGUUAACGCUCGGGAAAAAAUUGUUGGUUGGUACCACUCUGGUCCAAAACUUUGUACGAACGACAUCAAAAUUAACGAACUUUUCCGGAGAUAUGCUCCAAACUCAGUACUGGUAGUUGUUGAUGUCAGAAGGAAAGAAGUUGACGGUUUACCUACUGAGGCUUAUAUCGCAGUUGAAGAAGUCCAUGAUGAUGGGUCGCCAACAACGAAAUCUUUCGACCAUCUUCGAUCGGAAGUGGAUGCUGAAGAAGCUGAAGAAGUUGGUGUUGAACACUUACUACGAGAUAUUAAGGAUACAUCACUUGGUUCAUUAUCACAAAGAAUUGGCUGUCAGUUAGAUGGAUUAUCUGGUUUAUUAAGACAGUUGUGUGAAAUUCGUGAAUACUUACAAUUGGUUUCUUCCGACAAGCUUCCUGUUAAUCAUGGUAUAAUAUACCAGUUGCAGGACAUUUUCAAUUUACUUCCCGAUCUCAAACUGCAUGAUACAGUCCGUGCAAUUCACGUCAAUACUAACGACCAAAUGCUUGUUAUUUAUGUUGCUGCUAUAAUGAGAGCAAUACUUGCUUUACACGAUCUAAUUAGUAAUAAGUUAACAAAUCGUGAAACUGAAAGAAACGAAGAAGGUUUUGGUAGUAAUACAGAGUCGAAAAAAGUUUCUGUUGGUUCUGGCGACCAAACUAAGCGUGCUACGCAGAAACCUGAUAAUCUAGAUAAUGGAAAGGUAGUAGAAAAUGGAACAAAAUCAAAUGGAUUAAAUCCAGCAAAUAAGACUGAUAAAUAAUGGUCUGUGCAUGGGAUGCGGUGUUUUUGUACACAUAGCAUAUGUACACAUAUUUCUUUCAUUAUAAAAAUUUUUUAUGAACAACAUGGUUCAUAUUAUUAUUAAGUAUAAUGCUUACGUAAUAAUAUAAUCGUUUCGUUCAAAGUAUUAA